ACAAAAAAUUAAACAAAAGAGAGAAGAUGUUGCGAUUGCGACAGGUUAUUGGACCGUUGAGCUAUAAAAGUUGAAACUCGUUUAAGUUGACUCUCUCAAACGGACCGUUUAGAUUAUUAGAAAGCGAAAAAACGAAAGCAUAUUCGAGAUUCGAGUGAAUCAGCGAUCUAGAUCUACUGACCGUUGGAUUUAAAUCCCAAUGUGUGAACCUUUUUCUUUCCAAUUCAAAUUCGACCGUUGCUCAUUUCUCAAGCUACUUGUGCUUCUUCUUCCUCCUUCUAUUCACUUCACUUCACUUCCUAUCUCUGUUUUCUCUACUAUCCCUUUCACUUUCUGAAUCUUUAUCGUUUUCUGGGAUUCAAUAACAUGGUGAAGAUGGCCUCAUCUCCUUCUUCUUCUUCUCCCUCUCCGGUGACCAUAACGGUGUCUUCGGGAGGAAAAGCAGGAGGAAGUAGAAGCAUGGGGAUAACCAGUCCCGUACCACGUGCUUCAGUCUCUAACAACCCAAAUUCCCCUCUGGGUGCCGCCAGAAGGAGGGUAUCAGGUGGAGGCAACUAUUCCUCUAUGUCCAAAGAAGAUGGUAUGGAAGAAAUCAAUUCACAAUACGUAACAUACACUGUUCAUAUUCCUCCAACACCUGACCGCAAGCCCUUAUCAACCUCACAGACAAGCCUCCCUGAAGAUGGUUGCAAGAACACAAGUUUCAUCUCCGGCACAAUCUUCACUGGUGGUUACAACUCUGUUACACGAGGGCAUGUCCUUGAAUCCUCCAUGGAAAGCGUGGAGCCACAAAAAUCUGGAUUGGCUUGCGGAAUGGAAGGUUGUGAUGAGAAAGCAAUCCAAGGGUUUCAGAGUGGUUGUUGUGAGUGCGGGUUUAAGAUUUGCAGGGAUUGUUACUUGGAGUGUGGUGGAAAUGGAGAGGGUAGGUGUCCUGGAUGCAAAGAGCCUUACAAUUAUGUGAGCGAUGAUGAUGAUGAUGAUGAAGAAGAAGAAGAGGAGGAGCAUGUAUCUGAGGCCAAAGACCAGGCCUUGCCUUUAACUUCAAUGCCGGACUUCAAAAUGGACAAGAGGCUUUCUUGUGUGAAAUCGUUCAAAGCACAGAACCAUCCACCUGACUUUGAUCACACUCGAUGGCUCUUUGAAACUAAGGGAACUUAUGGCUAUGGAAACGCUGUGUGGCCUAAAGAUGAAUAUGGUGCUAAUGGAUUUGAACCCCCUCCGGAUUUUGGAGAGAAAGCUAGGAGACCUUUGACCCGUAAGGUUGGGGUUUCAGCUGCCAUUCUCAGUCCAUAUAGAAUACUUAUUCUGAUGCGUCUUGUUGCACUGGGUUUGUUUCUUACAUGGAGGAUUCGACACCCCAACCGGGAAGCAAUGUGGCUGUGGGGGAUGUCCAUAACUUGUGAGCUAUGGUUUGCAUUUUCUUGGCUUCUUGAUCAGCUCCCUAAGCUCUGCCCUGUGAACAGAGUCACUGACCUGUCUGUUCUGAAAGAGAGGUUUGAGUCACCUAACCUCCGCAACCCAAAAGGUAAAUCUGAUCUCCCCGGGGUUGAUAUCUUCGUUUCCACAGCAGACCCAGAAAAGGAGCCUCCUCUUGUCACCGCAAACACCAUUCUCUCCAUCCUCGCAGUUGAUUAUCCGGUGGAAAAGGUUGCGUGUUACUUGUCUGAUGAUGGUGGAGCUCUGUUGACAUUUGAGGCUCUUGCUGAGACUGCUAGCUUUGCAAGAACGUGGGUUCCUUUCUGUCGAAAGCACCAAAUAGAGCCGAGAAAUCCCGAAGCAUAUUUUGGGCAUAAGCGUGAUUUUCUCAAGAAUAAGGUCCGGUUAGACUUUGUGAGGGAGAGGAGAAGGGUGAAGAGGGAAUAUGAUGAGUUCAAAGUGAGAAUAAACUCCUUACCUGAAUCCAUAAGGAGAAGAUCCGAUGCUUACAAUGCUCAUGAGGAGUUACGAGCCAAGAAGAAACAGAUGGAAGGUUCCAGUGUCUCCGAACCCAUUAAGGUUCCUAAAGCAACAUGGAUGUCUGAUGGUUCUCAUUGGCCAGGAACUUGGGCAUCAGCAGAACCAGACCACUCAAGAGGGGACCAUGCUGGUAUAAUUCAGGCAAUGUUAGCUCCACCAAAUGCAGAACCGAAAUUUGGUGCAGAAGCUGAUGGGGAGAAUUUGAUUGACACAACAGAUGUUGAUAUUAGGUUGCCCAUGCUUGUUUAUGUGUCUCGUGAGAAGAGGCCAGGAUAUGAUCACAACAAGAAAGCAGGAGCCAUGAAUGCUCUUGUUCGCACUAGCGCCGUCAUGUCCAAUGGACCAUUCGUUCUGAAUCUUGACUGUGAUCAUUAUAUCUACAACUCCUUGGCUCUUAGGGAAGGUAUGUGCUUUAUGCUUGAUAGGGGCGGUGAUAGGAUAUGUUAUGUUCAAUUCCCUCAAAGGUUUGAGGGCAUUGACCCCAGUGAUAGAUAUGCAAACCACAAUACAGUGUUCUUCGAUGUGAGCAUGAGAGCUCUUGAUGGCUUACAGGGCCCAAUGUAUGUGGGAACGGGCUGCAUAUUCAGAAGAACGGCUCUUUAUGGGUUUAGUCCUCCUAGAGCUACAGAACAUCAUGGGUGGUUAGGCAGGAAGAAAAUCAAGUUGUUUCUGAGAAAGCCCAAGGUGUCAAAAAAGGAAGAAGAUGAAGUAGUUGUGCCAAUCAAUGGUGAUCCCAAUGACGAUGAUGCAGAUAUUGAGUCCUUGCUUCUUCCCAAAAGGUUUGGAAAUUCUACUUCUCUCGCUGCAUCUAUUCCUGUGGCAGAAUACCAAGGAAGGUUACUUCAGGAUUUGCAAGGAAAGGGAACACACGGAAGGCCAGCAGGUUCUCUUGCUGUGCCUCGUGAACCAUUAGAUGCUGCUACUGUUGCAGAAGCUAUAAGUGUCAUAUCUUGUUUCUAUGAGGAUAAAACUGAAUGGGGGAAACGAGUUGGGUGGAUAUAUGGUUCCGUUACAGAAGAUGUGGUGACCGGUUACAGAAUGCACAACAGAGGUUGGAGAUCUGUGUACUGUGUUACAAAAAGGGAUGCUUUUAGAGGAACAGCUCCAAUCAAUUUGACAGACAGGCUCCAUCAAGUGCUUCGUUGGGCAACAGGAUCGGUUGAGAUCUUCUUCUCAAGGAACAAUGCAUUAUUGGCCAGUCCUAGAAUGAAGUUCUUGCAGAGGGUAGCAUAUUUCAAUGUGGGAAUGUACCCUUUCACUUCAAUGUUUUUAAUUGUCUAUUGUUUUCUGCCUGCAUUAUCCCUAUUUUCAGGGCAGUUUAUAGUCCAAUCCUUGAGUGCAACUUUUCUAGUGUUCUUGCUGGGUAUCACAAUCACGCUGUGCUUGCUUGCAAUACUUGAGAUCAAGUGGUCAGGAAUCAAUCUACAUGAUUGGUGGCGCAAUGAACAGUUCUGGUUAAUUGGUGGAACAAGUGCCCAUCCUGCUGCUGUUUUACAAGGGUUGUUGAAGGUCAUAGCAGGAGUAGACAUCUCAUUCACCCUGACCUCAAAGUCAGCCACUCCAGAAGAUGGAGAUGAGGAGUUUGCUGAUCUUUACAUCGUAAAAUGGAGCUUUCUAAUGAUCCCUCCAAUUACAAUUAUGAUGGUGAACACGAUUGCUAUUGCUGUAGGAGUAGCCAGGACUUUGUACAGCCCAUUUCCACAAUGGAGCAGACUAGUAGGAGGGGUGUUUUUCAGUUUCUGGGUCUUAUGCCAUCUUUACCCGUUUGCAAAGGGCUUGUUGGGAAGGAGAGGGAAGGUUCCUACCAUCGUCUAUGUUUGGUCUGGAUUGCUUUCAAUUAUUAUCUCUAUGCUUUGGGUGUACAUAAACCCUCCUUCUGGAAGACCACAAGAUUACAUGAAUUUCCAGUUCCCUUAGUUUGAGGAAGAUGAAGUUUCUCCAAAAGAUUACAUGAAUUUCCAUUUCCCUUAGUUUGAGGAAGAUGAAGUUCCUCUGCUUCAUCUUGUACUGCAAAUCAUGUGUAUGCUUUUUUCUAUGUUGUAUUAAAUUGUGAGUAUA